CACCAGUGUGAGUCCUGUGUAGCGUCAGUGUAGCGCCUGACUGUGCUGGGGUGUAGUCAUGUCUGUGUCGCGAGGUGUAGUCUCCGCCUUCAGGACCCGCCAAGCCAUAUGUAGGCUGGCUUUUCCUCUGGCCGCUCUCCCCACUAUUUUCACUAAGAGUACCACGGGCGGGGUGCUGCAGGCGGGCGGCCGCCUCGCCACGCUUCAGAGUGACGUGGUGCCAGCGAGGGAGUACAGCAAGAGACCCAACACUCACCCGCACACCAGGUCCUCCUCCAGCUCCGAUUCUUCUGACUCGGACCGUGAGAGAUCUUCCUCCUCGUCCAGGCGAGGCACGAGUGGAAGAUCAUCGUUCUGGAGGCAGAAGAUGCGUACUCACCACAGACUGCUGGACGUCAACAAGGACGGGGUGGUGUCCUGGGAUGACUUCGACGCCCUCAUCACAAGGUUCAGGGAGCUGGGCCGCCUCACGCCCCAAGAGGUCACCAACUUCACCGACGCCUUGAGGCAUGUGUGGGAGGAAGAGUGGGGGGCAUCUAGUGAUCCCUACGUCUUCAUAGGACAGGAACAAUUUCUGACGCAGAUGGAACAUGUAGUUAACACCAAGGAACUCCGCAAGAGAGUUGCCAGUCCCCUCAUCUACUUCUUUAAGGCUGUCGAUACAGACGGUAGUGGAGAAAUAUCUGUCGAGGAGUUCCAGAUGUUCUACUCGGGGCUUGGCCUCUCUGAAGAGGAUGCUGCAGUCUCCUUUGCAGCCAUCGACAAGAAUGGCGAUGGAAAAUUAAGUAUGAAAGAAUUCAUCAAGUUGGGGCGAGAGUUUUUCCUCAGUGAGGACGACACUCGACCCAGCAAGCUAUUCUGGGGACCUCUAUCUGACUGAACCCUACCCAGGAGUUGCACGAGUUCCCAAGACAUGCGCACUCAACAUAUGAAAAUGAACCAUCAAAGCUUAAUGGCCCUGCAAGAGGGGCUCAGAAGAGCGCAUGAUCAUGCGCUCAACAGCCGAUUCAUCUUGGGAGGGAGAAUUUAAUGAUGCUUACUUAGCCAUGGAAAAUGUAUAAAAAUUUAUCACCAUUAUCAUGAUGAUACCAUUAAAGUUGAGAGAUGGCUAUCAUGAAAUGGUUUUUAGGUCAGCUUAUCGUGGAUUUUUGUGAUAAUCCAUUAGAGGAAAAUACUGAUAACUAAAAUACUAUAGUACAGUAUAAGUAAAUCAUGGAAUAAGCAUUACAUUUUAAUAUAUAGUAAUACUCUCAAUACUUGUCUACUUGUCUUGGAUCAUAUCACCCCGAAAUUACUUCUUGCACAAAAUACAUGUGUGAUCUGGAUCAUUCUGCAGCUCUCACUUCCAGCAAUGUAUGGAAUUUAAGGAAAUAUUUUACCAUGUAGCAAAGAAAAUUUUUCUCCUAGGGUAGUGAAGACAAUGUACAAUACCAAAUUAGUGAUAACUAUAUUUUUUAGAGAGCUACUGAACAAUAUUUCUACCGAGCUACUGGAUGAUGUUCCUACUGAGCCAGCGAACAAUACUCCAUAAAAUAAUAUGGACACUGAAAAUAGCAUAGCUUGGAGAAUGUUUGAUUACUAAUGAAAUGUCUGUAACAUGUAGACCUCGACACAAAUGUCUCAUACAGUAUAUUAUAACUAUUACACACAUGGUUGUCUGAUUAUCAGGUUCAUGAUCAUUGUCUCGGUUGUAUCAUUAACAUGUCUUCAAAUUAAGGCUAGUUUAUCUACUUAUUAUAUUGUAAACUCAAGUGUUUACAAGGAGUAUUAAUAACUCAAUGUUAUAAUUAGUCACAUUAUUAAUGCUAAUCUGUACAAAUACAAUUUUUCAUGCUGUACAUUAUAUACAGUAUGCUUUUAUAUACAAUGAAAAAUAAAUACGGUAUUAAGAGAGUGAUGUUAGAUGAUGUACAGUAUUCAGAAACACAUUUCAAAAAGUUUAUUCUUUUUUUUUUUAAUUUUACAUUCGUCAAUAGCCAAAUACUUUAAUACAUAUCAGUUUAUUAUAAAGUUGCAUGUAUGUUAUUCAAAUGUACUUUAUUAUUAUAUACUUUAUGUAUACGAGAAAAUCAAUAGGAGCCAUGAGAAUGAUUUGAACCCGUUCAUUUGGUACUCCCAAGCAAAUGCCCUAGGGGCAUUUACUUGGGGCAAAAUGGUCAUGGGUUAGUGGUCUAGGGAGUUUCUGGUGGUCUAGGUCUAGCAUAUUUAAAACAGCCUGAUGACCAUUCAGGUUUUAUCAUUUUAUAUUGUAUGUUCUGUAGCUUAAACCUGGACUAGAUGACAUAGUUGACCACAUAACCCAAAUGCACUUGGGCACGGGGCUGAAUGAGUUGAUAAAAACUCUAUGGUUUUGUGGGACAAUGAAUGGUACAGCACUGCUUCGCAUCACACAAGUUAAGGUUCCAGUCCCAGCACAGGGUGUUUGGAAUCUGUGUGUGUGUGUGUAAUUACCUAAGUGUAGUUCCAAAAUGAGAGCUACGCAUAUGGUGCCCAGUAUUCUUUGACAAAUAACGCUUUGAAGCUACUGACAGUUUUGACCAGUGUCACGAUUAGUCGCUACUUCAUGUUUCUAAUAACUGUGACAGUCAGGUGCCCUUUCCUCUGUCACAAUAUUUUAUAAAUUGCUGAUGUUUAUUAAAUCGGGCUUUGCAUACUAAGCGGCGUAAUGCAUUCUGGCUAUUAGAUAAUUAUAUAUAUAUAUAUAUAUAUAUAUAUAUAUAUAUAUAUAUAUAUAUAUAUAUA